AUAUCCGAGAGGACCCUCCCAAGUGGUCCACUUUUCUGCACCCCGACCCGGAGAAGUCAAAGGGACGCACCACAGCGGACUACUACGAGAAGAAGGCCGGCAGAGUCAGUGCCACUAUGGUGUGUUUAUUGCACAUCGUAUGCACGCGUGUGUGUAGCCUGUACAGCUGUGUCAGUCCAUAUAUAUGCUCUGUGCCACUACAGAAACCUCUGCUGAGUGCACUACUGCAGCAGAUGUAG